ACCCAGUAAUCAUGUACUCAGCUCUGCUCCUUACUGUCGUGGUGGUGGGCGCCGCAGCGUGGGAAACAGUCCCAAGUCCUGAUCUAGACAUGGGAGAAUUCUAUCAGUAUCUUCAUGAGCCAAGCCAUCAUAGGCAAACUAGACAGCUACAUGGAAGCACUUUCUUCAAUUCUGAUAAGACUUCUGGUUUUAACGCAAGGUUGCCGUUCGCUUCAACCAACAAUAAUGUGUUCAGCGCUAUCGGAGGAGCAAACUUCGAUGCCAACAGGCAUCUGUCAUCCGCAACAUAUGGUCUGGCCAUGGAUAAUGCGGCCGGACAUGGACUCUCACUAACCAACACUCGAAUCCCUAACUUCGGCAACAGGAUCACAGCUGCGGGUCAUGCGAAUCUCUUCCACAAUCAGAACCAUGACCUUACAGCUAAUGCCUUUCUCUCAAGGAAUAUGCCAACCAUUCCACAAGUGCCUAACUUCAAUACUGUAGGCGGUGGACUGGAUUAUAUGUUCAAGAACAAAGUCGGUGGAUCUUUGGGUGUCGCUCACACGCCAUUUUUGCAAAGAACAGACUACUCAGCCAAUGGGAUAGUCAACUUAUUCAGAAACAAAGGCACAUCACUGGAUUUCAACGCUGGCUUGAGCAAGUCUGUAUCACCCUUUAUGCCGAAUUCAAGAUGGGAGCCGUCCACUGGCUUUACUUUGAGAAAAUUCUUCUAAUCAAACUCAUUUUCUUUGUGUCUUCUAGACAAGAAUUGGUUGCUAAAUCAGUAUCUUUAUUAGAUUUUAAAGGUUAUGCUUUUGUAAUACAGUUGAAAAUCAGUUAAAGAUCUGUUUUAUGAGUUAUCAACCGAAUUUUGUCGUUUUCCCCCUUGACUUAAGGUAGUCACUUCAUCGUCUUCUUUCAUCAUUCAGUCUAUUCUAUGGUCGAAUUCUUUCUUUCUGUUCAUCCGCGACUAAAUUUAUCCUUACUCGUUGCAUGCCAAAUGAUUAAAUACUUUAUUUUAAUCAAGCUACUGUUGAAAUUGCUAUGAUGGUGUUCAGAAGUCUUAAUCUAUAUAUAUAAAAUUCAAAGGUGAUUGACUGACUGCCUGACUGAUUGACUGACUGACAUAGUGAUCU